CAUGUGGAUCUAGAUCUGUCCAAUACUUCUUUCUCUCAACUGUUGUCAUUGAUUCUGAAGAGCUAAUUGAUAUCUCGCUCGCUCAUACUUCAGUUUACCUUAUAAGUAGAUGACCCGCAGCUCUCCCUAAUAAAUAAGUAAAAAGCCGAAUGAAAAAAUACCUGCUUAACCACUGACCAAUAUAAAUAUAGUUAACCUACAUGGUUCAGAGGCAACAGAGAGAGAGACUCAAGAGAGAUAAGUCUCAAUCCUAUUGAAUUCUCAAACUCCGAACGGUACACAUUAGAGCUGGGUGGACUCAGAGGCACCCUAAAGAUCCUGAAAGUAAAAAUCCAAGGAUUCAAACCUGGGCCCACAAUUCAGAAGCCAAGUGCUUUACUGCUCAGCCACCGUUCCUCCUGACAGACGGGCAUUUGAGCUUAUAUGUAAUGCUUGGAAAUUUAAAUGGAUGCUUUUUAUAAUAAUUUAAUGCGAAAGCUUCUUCCUGACUUUGAUAAUAGAAGCAGUAGCAAGAAGUAUCGUCCUACCGCUUCAGCAGUCAGAGAGCCCAGCAUGCAAGACUAUGUGGAGAGGAGAUUAACUGAGGUGCACUAUGUGGCCAAAGAUUAUAAGUUUUGUGAUAAGUUUCUUGGUGUGUCUUUGGCUGCAUUACUUCUGAUACUUAUGCCCUAUCUGCAUAUUGGUGUCUUCUACCUAAAGAUCUGGGUUCCUGACAAGCCACCCAUAGAUAAACAAGCAUGCACUUGCUCCUGUUUUGAUACAGUGUUUAGAGGUCGCUACGAAAUGCCAGGACUAGUGACAUAUAAGCAUGUGUAUUUCAACUCCACUGCCAACACAUUUAAGAUCUGGAUCAUGACUAUAAUGUUCAUCAUCUUAUUCUAUGAAAGCAUAAAGUACCUUGUCUCAGUUUACCGCAACUCCAGAAUCAGAAAAAUCUGGUUUUCACUCUAUCUUAUUAAUUUGUACCCUCAUUAUUAUUCUUGGUGGAGUUUUUUCAGUUACUACAAUGAAGAGUUCUACACAUUCUUCACUCAUCAUAUGUUCUUCUGUGUCACUGAAAUCUUCACCACAGCUGUAGUCUUGAAUCUUUGUAAUUAUAAAAAUGAGCUUAAAUCUUGGAAGAUGAUGUUGAUAUUGGCCAUCAAUCUUGUCCACAUCAUUGUUUCUGGCUCAGAUCAGUUCAUCGCUCAUGUACUUCAGGGGAGAGGCACCAACUUUCAAAAUGCACGCAACAUAGGCCUGAUGAUCCCAGAUGUGCUGCACAUCAUCAUACCAGCUCUAGAAUUUUAUAGACUGAUAGUCCGAAGUGAGGUACCCUUUUCUGAUCUGUGUUAUAAGGAGGAGGUAAUCCUCUUCAUAUUGUUUAUAACGAUAGGGACCUUGUUUGGUAGAAUUUUGUAACUGUCCUUUCUUCAUCAAAAGUUUUGUGUUAAAGAAAAAAGCAUUUAAAUAUUUUUAUAGUUUCGGAUGAAAUACCAUAAAUGUCUCCUUUUUUAAUGUAAUCGAUUAUUUGUAAACCAUUUUUUGAAACUGUUAAUUAAUUUCAUGUACAUAAUUCAAAAUAGUUUUCUUUUGUACUGUUGUUACAUUCAAUACAGAAUGUACUAUUUAUGGAGCAAGUGUGAUUAAAAAGUGUGACUAAUUUUUUAAAGUGAAAAAGUUUUGUAAAUAAUUAACAACUACAAUAUCUUUUGUUAGGAUAUUAAUGUCAUUGAGACAUUUUUCAUAUUAUUAUUUUACUAAUUGAUGCCAGUAGAAUAAUACUGUAAACUAGUGUACAUGAUGCUUGCAAAUUAUCAGUCAUGUGUGUCUGUAUUCAUAUUUACAUAAUAUAAAAACACAAGAAGAUCUGAAAAUGUGAAGACUAUUAUUAUGAUCUUUGCCAUUGUUGACUUUCAUCAUUUGACUCAACAUUUACAAUGGCCUUAUGAUAUUAGACUAUGGCAAAAAUUUAAGUGAAAAACUUUUGGCUACUUGAUUUUUGAGUCCUGAUGUGGAGACUAGGAUUUCUGAACAUCUCUUUUGAGUUCACUCAGCUCUUAGGUUACAAAAAUAGUUCCACUUUCUGACAUUGCAAUCCAUAGAUGAUGUAAAGGUCAUCUGUUACUAUGGCCUAUGAUUAAUGAGGGUGUCGUGGGGCCAGCACAAUGAUCAACUGCCUUUACUUUCCCCAACUAAUGUCAGUUGCCCAUCAGAGUUGGGUGGACACAGGGACACCCUAAGAAUCCUGAAGUUCAAAAUCCCAGUCUUCACUAAGAUUUGAACCCAAGAGCCUCAGUUGGAAGCCAAGUGCAUUACCACUCAGCCACCACAUCCUGCAGUUAAGAGAAAUGGACUUGUGUAAAUGAUGUGUGCUAAAGAAUAUUGAAAAGGUUGAAAAACUCUUUGUGUAUUUAAUCUGAUUGGCCCAAAAAGUAAAUGCAUUAGAGCUAAUUUCUGUGAUAAAAUGGUAUGCACAAAGUCCCCUGUUCUAAUGUUUUACAGUUAGGGACACAAGUGAUCUGCCCACUAGUUCUCUCCAUUUCUUUCUGUUUCUUGCACAUUUACAAGAUGCUUAUUACAAGUGUGCAUGGCCCUUGAUCCAUGCCUCUUGGAUUCAAAGCUCAAGAUUGAAAAGUUGGUACUGGUAGCUAUAAUCUCCCUUACCAUCAACCACAUUAUUUAAUUAUGUCAUACAUUUUGGAUCAUGUAUUACUGCAUUCUUAAAUAGCUGAAGUCAUUUUAUGUUUCUAAGAUAACAUUGGUGCGUUUACGAGUCAACUAAAUAUAAGCUGUAUUAUUGCUAUCAUUAUUGAAAAUUUAAUCUAUUUUAUGUUAUUUGUAGUUGCUAGUGAUGCAGCUGUAGCUAAUUAACUAAUUAACCUUAUUUAAUUUUUUAUAUUUUUUUUUUGUUAUUGUUUUCAUAUACAAAUUAACUUACCUAUCAUUCCAACAAAUUAAUUUUAGUUCGCUUUUAUUUAUUUAUAUACAAUUACUGGUAAUAAAAAGAAGAUUGAUUUUUUGUAGUUGAUAGUCAUACAAAGCUAGUUUGGGGGAAGGGUGUUUCAACUGUAUAAAAAAUGAGUUACUCAACAUUCCAUUAUGACAAAUUUGUGUGUGUUUUGUAUUUAUAUGUAAAUAAUGGAACAUAGAUGUCAAGCAACAGUUGUGAACUAUUCUACACACAUGGAGUCUACUCAUUACUGACUUCAUCUAACAUUUUAUAUGUUUAUUUUAGAAUACAUUUAUCAUUAUCAUCAUUCACUUAUACACUUAUACACAAGAAUGUUAGUCAUAAAUUUUAUGUAUGUACCUGAGAUAGUUGUUGACACUGUACUGAAAUACUGCAGUAAAGUUUUAAGUUUGCUUAA